AUGGAUUCAGCUGUGAGGAAAGUACCUCGUGGAAGGCCCCUCGAAGCUAACAACGUCGACCAUAUCGUACGAUGCUAUGGCGGCCAGACAAUCGCCAUAGAAAUGGAACCUCACCAUAUGCAAAAAUCAAAGCAGCCCAGAGACCUGGUUCAGUACAUCGAUUUUCUCAACCGCAGAAACGGGGAACUUAGACUCGAGCUCACAUUCUACCGAGAAUGUUACCGGCAUGCAGAGAAAUUUAAGGAAAAGAUUACUGGGAUUUCUCAAGAUUUACUUCAAGCAUGCAUCAUCGGUGUACUUGACGGUAUAGAUUUUGGUGAGAUCAGAGAUCUUUCAAACGCGAUUUCAGACUCGGUAGAUCAAUUUGAUUACGACCAUGAACAAGCAUUUGACGCCUUUAUAGCGCCAUACAAAGCAUCGAAGAGCCCAACAAAGACUACGGUGUCAACAAAUGGAUGGAUUUGA